AUGGCUGGUGGGCAAGGUGUCGAGAAGAGGUGGACGCCACUGGAGUCGGUCACGUACUGCGGCUGGACGUGGCCCACAGAGGCCAGCUGGGACGCGGAGCGCGGCGAGUGCGUGUUCGCCUCGUCUGGUCGCAAGCUCUACUACCUGCUGGUCACCGUAGCGCUCUUCUUCCUGCCCGUGGCCAUCAUGCUGACCGCCUACUCUCUUAUCGUGUGGCGCCUGUGGAUCACCCAGAUGCCCGGAGAGCGCAGUGCUGCAAACAUCAACGCCCAAUGCCGCGCCAAAAAGAAGGUGAUCACAAUGGUGUGCACGGUCCUCAUCGCCUUCGUCAUCUGCUGGAUGCCGCUCCAGGUUAUCGUACUCUAUUCUCAGUUUGGAGACUCGAAACAACGGGACAAAGAGAUGCCGGACUGGUUCACUGAGGCGUCUUCAGUGGCGACCUACAUCGCUUACUCUAACAGCUUGCUGAACCCGAUCAUCUACGGAGGCUUCAACAACAACUUCCGCCAGGGGCUCUGCACCGUGCUCCAUUGCUACAUGCGCAGAAAGCCCUCGCAGUUGCCCCGUGAGUAG